AUGCCACGCCGUCCGCGAGGAAAACUCGUACGUUGGUCCACCGAACUGAAUGAGAAGCUGUUACUUGCUAUACAGUCUGGAUGUAAUGAGACUGGAACCGUGCUGCCCAUGGACACAAUUGCUAGCCAUAUGAACUCGAAUGCUUCUCCAAACGCUAUACUCCAGCACCUUGCAAAAAUGAGACGAAAGCGAGAGGAAGAUGGUCUACAGAACCCGCCGCCUCUUAGACGAGGGGGGCGUCGUUACGACGUCCCCUCCGCCUCCACCAACUCUGCAGAUCAGGCAGACACAGACAGCGACCCUGAUUACGCGGUCAUUUCAUCGAACAAACGAGCAAAGACGAAACCUGGCGCCAAUAAGGCAGCCAACCCCUCCGCCGCGCCAGCGGCUUCCCCCAAGGUGGGAAGCCGCAAGGCUUUCGUCGCCGCUUCUCUCCCUGCCGUUGGCGGAGGAGAGGACCUCUUGUUCUCCACUGGUUUCGGCGCGUUUUCCGGUGGCUCCUUUGUGGUGGACGACGAAAUGGAUAUGGAAGAAGCGGGUGUCUUCGGUGGCGGCCCCGAGUGGGCGUGGUGA